AUGGUUUCGUUCCAAGUCUCGAUGCUUAAGGAAAGCAUCUACGACAAUUGGAGUAUCAAGAUGAAGGCACUCCUUGGAGCGCAUGACGUUUGGGAGGUUGUUGAGAAAGGCUACGAUGAGCCUAGUGAGGAGUCUUGUCCUUAUGAGCAUGCUCUUUACAUCAAGAAUGAGGAUGAAAAUGUCUUGAUUGUUUGUUUAUAUGUUGAUGACUUGAUCUUCACAGGAAGUAAUCCAAGCAUGUUUGAGAAGUUCAAAGAAGCAAUGACAAAAGAGUUCGAAAUGACAGAUAUUGGGCUCAUGGCAUUCUACCUUGGCAUUGAAGUCAAGCAAAUGGAAGAUGGGAUCUUCAUCUCACAAGAAGGUUAUGCAAGUGAGAUAUUGAAGAAAUUCAAGAUGGAGAAUAGUCAAUCUAUAAAAACUCCUGUAGAAUGUGGAGUCAAGCUAUCACAGUUUGAUGAGGGAAAAAGAAUUGAUCCAAUAUUUUUCAAGAGUUUGGUUGGAAGUUUGCGCUACUUAACAUGCACAAGACCUGAUAUUCUUUAUGUUGUUGGACUUGUUAGUCGCUACAUGGAGACUCCGACUGUUACCCACCUGAAGACUGCUAAAAGAAUUAUGCGCUAUAUCAAAGGUACAAUUGAUUUUGGCUUAUUUUACUCAUCAUCCAACAAUUUCAAGCUUGUAGGAUAUAGCGACAGUGAUUGGGCUGGAGAUAUGGAUGAUAGAAAGAGCACUACAGGGUUCGUGUUCUUCAUAGGAGACACUGCUUUCACUUGGAUGUCAAAGAAACAACCAAUUGUCACUCUUUCUACUUGCGAAGCAGAGUACGUGGCUGCAACCUCAUGUGUUUGUCAUGCAAUUUGGCUUCGAAACUUAUUAAAGGAGAUAAGUUUACCACAAGAAGAGGCGAUUAAGAUUUGUAUUGAUAACAAGUCUGCAAUCGCGCUAGCAAAGAAUCCUGUUUUCCACGAUAGAAGCAAGCACAUUGAUAUGUGUUAUCACUACAUCAGAGAACGCAUCGAAAGAAGGGAGGUACAAGUGCAGUACGUGAAGUCUCAAGACCAAGUUGCAGAUAUUUUUACCAAGCCACUGAAGAGUGAAGACUUUAUUAAAAUGAGAAGUUUGCUUGGAGUCACAAAAUCAAGUUUAAGAGGGGGUGUUGAAAUAUAAA